UACUCUAUUUGAGAGCCACAUUAAUUGUGGUUUGCUGUUGUGUGAUACUCUCCAGCUAGCAAGGACAUGCUAAUACAAAAAAAAAAAAAAAGCGUCAGUAUCAUCACUUCAAGCAAAAGACUGUAUCACUACAAGCCUGUAUUCAGACGUUAGGAAUGAUGAACAUUUUCAACGAGUAUCUUCCAGAUGAGGCAAGAAACAAAUAAUUAUGACACCUGAAACAAGAGGAACACUGAAGUCAAUCAAUCAAGCGGUGGACUGUCCUAAACACGAGAUAGUUUUUCAAUGGUGCCUCUAAAAUGUUCAGCACCCAUUGAACUCCAAUCAAGAAUUUAUCAACAGUGAGCAAAGUGAUUGGACUUAAUAAAAUUAUAUUCGUCUGUUACAUAGGUGAACAAUUUCCUUGGUAUUUUUUAUGAAAAACUGUAAAAAAAUCGUAGGUCUGCAUAUAUGUCUGUAAUUUUGACGCAGUCCGACCCCGAUGAACAGUAUCUCCCGCUACGCAGCCACUCUAUCCAGAUCUAUACACCUAACAUUGCUGGCAAUAACAUUCCAUGUGUAUGAAGUUUAAUAUCUUCCGGUUGUACUUCGUCUACGGAUGUAAACGUCAAGUGUAACUAUGACAGUGUUAUGAUUCGAAUCCUUGGAAGUGUGGAUAAUUAUUUGAAAUUGUGUAAUCUUUUAAAUGCGUUAGAAUGUCUGUGAUGUCGGGAAUGCCAGCAUCUCCAGAUUCUGGAAGACCAGAGCUGUAUGAAGAAGUUAAGCUGUUCCGAAAUGCAAGAGAGAGAGAGAAGUAUGAUAAUAUGGCUGACUUGUAUGCCGUGGUAAAUACUUUGCAACAUCUGGAAAAAGCCUAUAUACGUGACUGUGUAACGCCAAAAGAAUACACAGCAGCUUGUUCAAAGUUGCUUGUUCAGUAUAAAGCAGCUUUUAAGCAAGUGCAAGGGGAUGAGUUUCCUACUAUUGAAUCAUUUGUACGGAAAUAUCGUCUUGAUUGUCCUGCUGCUUUGGAAAGGAUUAAGGAAGAUCGGCCAAUCACAAUCAAGGAUGACAAGGGCAACACAAGCAAGUGCAUAGCUGAUAUUGUUUCGCUCUUUAUCACGAUCAUGGACAAACUAAGAUUAGAAAUAAAGGCCAUGGAUGAGCUUCAUCCAGACCUCCGUGAUCUGAUGGAUACAAUGAAUCGCUUAAGUCUAUUGGGAUCAGAUUUUGAGGGCAAACAAAAAGUGGCAAGUUGGCUUACAACUUUGUCGAGUAUGCAAGCAUCGGAUGAACUGACAGAUACUCAGGUGCGGCAACUUUUGUUUGACUUGGAAUCCUCUUACACAGCCUUUAACAGAAUUCUACAUCAGUCUUAGUGGACUGUAAUUCACUUGUACAUAGAGUGCAGAAUUUCAUUGGUAUGAAGACAAUAAAAGUGGUGUGGAUAUAUUUCACUGCCUCCUGUGAGAAAUAUGUCACUAUAUAAUGUGUGUGCUUGUAAGGAGUGUAAAAUGUAUAAGAAAAUAAGUUUAAAUAAAAUGAUGUAAGAUUGAUA